AUGGCUAAUUCAGAUUUUAGUUCUAAAUUCCAUGAUGCCAGUGUUCAGUUUCAUCUUUCGGGCCUUUCGGACCAUUCGUCGGUGGUCUUAUCUUUCAAAGGCGACGCUCGAAAAAAGAGGUACAGUUUCAAAUUUGACAGUUUCAUGACUGACCACUCAGCUUUUUUACAAGUUGUUAAGGACGAAUGGGCUAAACAUAUUGAGGGCACUUUUAUGUUUCGAGUUACUUCUCACUUGAAGGCUCUCAAGACUCCACUUCGUAAACUUUGGAAUUCUUAUGGUAACCUUGGAAAACGUGUCUCUUUUUUGAAGACUGAAUUAGAUCGUAUUCAGCUGGAUGUCGAUAAAGACCCUUCUAAUGACGAGUUGGGACUUGAGCUUGGUCUUAUCCGUACUGCGCAUCAGAAUGCUUGUUGGGACGAGGAAUGUGCUGCUAAGCAACGGGCCAAAAUUAAAUGGUUGAAUGAUGGUGAUAUGAAUACCAAAUUCUUCCAUAAGGUGAUCAAAGAGCGGCAUCACUCCAACUCCAUUCAUGCGGUCUGUUCUGGUGGUGGUGAUUACAUCUAUGGUGAAGAUGUCCCGAAAGUGUUCGUUGAUUAUUUUAAAGAUUUCUUGGGUAUGAGGUAUGUUUCCCCUGAUCCGUUUAUGCCUGAAGACGCCUUCACGAGAAAGCUCUCUUUAUCGGAAGCUAACUACAUGAUCCGACCGAUUCUAAAUGACGAAAUUAAAAAUGCUAUGUUUAGCAUUGGUAAUUAUAAAGCUCCUGGAUCUGAUGGGUUUUCUUCCAAGGUUUUGGAUUACCGGCCUAUAGCUUGCUGUACAGUGCUUUACAAAUGCAUUAGUAAAGUCAUUGUUAAUAGAAUGAAGGGAUCGUUGGAUUCCUUAAUUGAUAAAGCCCAAUCAGCUUUUAUUCCGGGUAGGAGGAUUACGGAUAAUAUUCUUAUGGCACAGGAGCUUGUUUCCGGGUUUAGGAUUCCAUCCGGUUCUGGUCAAGUGGAUAAGGGAGAUGGUGUCCACCACGGGUUUUCUAUGCUCCUUAAGCUUUGUAUUCGGGAAGCAGCUAAUUUUGGGUACCACCGGGGUUGUGAGGAGCUGGAUUUGACACAUCUUUGUUUCGCUGAUGAUUUGUUUGUCUUUACUAAAGGGGAUGUUCUUUCGGUGGAAGUGCUAAAAAAGGCACUCUUUCUUUUUCAGAGUCGUUCAAGUUUAGCCCCAAGCCUCGAAAAAAGUGAAAUUUACUUUGGGAAUGUGCCUUCUAACAUUAAGGAGGCCAUUCUAGAGCGUCUCCCUUUCAAGCUUGGCUCGUUUCCUGUCCGAUACUUGGGGGUCCCUUUAUCUCAGGCUCGGCUGAAGCUAUGUGAUUAUGCUCCGUUAAUAGCUAUGGUGAAGGGUUGCAUUCUUAAUUGGAAGUCCAAGUUUCUAUCUUUUGGAGGACGACGUCAGCUCAUAAUAUCGGUCCUGCAAUCCCUCCAACUUCAUUGGAUGUCGGUGUUCUUAUUCCCGUCUGGGGUAAUCCAUGAUCUAGAAUCUAUUUUUAGGAAAUUCCUUUGGUCUCCAAGGGAUGAUCCUCGUGGUAGAUGUAGAUUAUCUUGGGAUGUGGUCUGCAGACCUCUUACUUCUGGAGGCCUUGGGAUUAAGCGUUUGUCCACUUGGAAUAGAGCUUUACUUGCUAAACAUGUGUGGGAUAUUGUGAGGCAUCAGGAUUCUCUGUGGGUGUGUUGGGUGCAUAGUCAUAAUCUUCGCUCCUCUCACUUCUGGCUGGUUGGUGAUAGUCGGGAUACAAAUGCGUGGGAGGAUGGUUGGCUUUCCUGCGGUCAUCUUUCGGCUUUUAUCACUUACCGGUUUGUCCAUUCUUGUGGGUUCUCAACUUUUACGACGGUUCGGGAGCUUCUAAUGGGUUGGGACGGUGUUUGGCCGGAUGAUUGGAGUAGCAGGUUUGCUGAGCUGCAUUCUUCUCCGUUUCCCUCGUUGAGUGAUUCAGUUCGUGACAGAGUUCUUUGGGGGGAAGAUCACACUACUGCUUCGGACUUCACGGUGAGUAAUGCUUGGGCUUCUUUAGAGGGAUCUCACCCGGUUGUUCCUUGGCACAAAGCGGUUUGGUUCUCUGGCCAUAUCCCUAAGCAUGCCUUCUCUUUGUGGCUUGCUUGCCAGAGGCGUCUUCCUACACAAGAUCGUAUGCUUUGGAAGGAUGAACCACCGAAUCUAGAAUGCUCGCUUUGUAGACUUUGUAUGGAUAGCCAUUCCCACUUGUUCUUUCAGUGUCCUUAUGCUCGUGAAGUUUGGGAUAGUAUCUUGCACAUCACGGACCUGACGGAUAUGCCUUCUACGUGGGAUCUUAUUUUGGAAACUAUUUCGGAUUCAAGACGACGCUAA